CUACGGCUCUGAGAUUGCUGGCUAGUGGCCGGACAGCGCAGCCACGCAGGCCCCGCCCCAACAGCACUACAGCAGUGCCUGGUAUCAAGACGAUGGUGCGGGUGCUAGCAUCGUGCUGGAUGAUCGUGUCAUUAGUGCCAGGGGCAUGCUUCCUGGUGCCAACAAACUCGAGAGCUGCACUGCACUCAGCGGGGCACCGCCAGCUCGGGCAAGGGUACCGAGAUCAACAGCCGUCCUCGCGGCAACCUCGAAACACAGGAGCAGGGCGACGAGAAGUUGUGCGAGCUAUGUUCUCGGGUAUCGUUGAGGAAAUGGGAUCGGUGGCCUCUCUCGUAAAGAACGAAAAGGUCAAGCUCUGGGACGGUUCGGAGGGGGCCGGGGUCGAGCUCACGGUCAAGGCGAACACCGUCCUGGAAGGAGCCACGGAAGGGUGCAGCAUUGCCGUCAAUGGCGUUUGCCUGACGGUCACCUCCUUCAAUGGCGACGAAUUCAAGGUGGGCCUCGCGCCCGAGACCCUCCGGAGAUCAAACCUGGAAGACUUGAGGGCGGGGGACGAGGUCAACCUUGAGAGGGCCUUGCCCGUGGACGGGCGAAACAGCGGCCACUUCGUGCAGGGGCACGUGGACAACGUCGGGACUAUCCUGAGCAUGGAGGCCGACGAGGACUCCCUCGUCGUCAAGGUGGAAGUUCCCCAGGAUUUGGUCAGAUAUAUCGCCCCGAAGGGCUUCAUCGCGGUGGAUGGCACCAGCCUCACGGUGUGCGAAGUGAACAACCAAGAGUGUUGGUUCACCUUCAUGCUGGUGGCCUACACGCAGCAACAUGUGGUGAUUCCGAAGAAGAGCAAAGGGGACAAGGUUAACCUCGAGGUGGACGUGUUGGGCAAGUACGUCGAGCGAUCUUUGUCGUCGGUGCUGGACCGAUUAGGCGCCCUCGAAGACUGGCGAGAGACCGCGGAUCGGAAGCUCGCUUCCUCCAAGGACGGGGCGAAAGUCUCCGAAGACAUAGACUUCAAGAUCCGCCACGUGGAGCACAAAGUUAAAAACCGCGACAUGGUCUUGGACGUUAUCGAGAACAGGCUGGCCCGCCUAGAGGCCGCGGAGAAGCAGAAGGCGUAGUAAAUAGUUCUUCCGUGACGUAUCCUGAUUUAGAGUGGAGACGUAAUACUUUGGCGGGGGUAUAUGCAAACGCUUGUGACGGUCUAUGUUGUAGGUAGGGCUGGUUUCACGAAAGGUGCAUUCAGUGUAGGACUGGACUGUGUAUGGACAGCAGUUGAAAGCUUUUAACAUUCUCGGGCGUUUUCCUAGGUUCGAUCAAUCAAGGACCGAGGAUGGCAGCACACAGCAGAAUUCUGAAGAAAUGCAUUUAAUCUUCUUGCAUGCAAUUCUUCUGGAGGCAUUGAGGACUUUUGAAUUGUGCCAAAAUAUCCCCCCGUCGUCGACACGACAGCAAAGCGAGCGCCUUCCACCCUCUUCGUGCUUCCGCCAUGGCUGAAGAAGAAGAAGGUGAUAGUCCGUCGAGGCGAAAAAGCGCCCCGCCCAAGUCCAAGUAUUGCUGUGGGGGCGUGUUUGAUGACGUGUUCGAUGGGCGGGUCGAGUUUCAAUAGUAAAAUUGCUCGACGGCACACAUAAUUCCGACGCCAACCGGAGGGCGCGCGUUGCGUGCUGCUGGUACUGCGCGGAGAAGCCGAGAUUUUACCGGUCGUUGCAAAAUCCGGAUGAUCAAGGACGAUAUGAGACAGCAGAAUACCCUAACAAGAAGAGACGUUAUUAUUUUUUGUAUGGAGUGCGCGAAGUGUGUGCGGAAACACAAGCUGCUCACGUGCGGCUGUGCUUGAUACCCUGUCUUCUGGGUGGUUCUGGAAAUCGGAGAGCGUCUCGGAACGUCGAUGGCGCAAAAGCCCAGGACACAGAUGCGCGCCUCCUACAUUUGUUGUACCUGUGGUGCCCUCUCCGGGUUAUUCCGCGGCGGCAAUUGAAAAAUGUCCCUCCACGGAACCCCCUCUCGUGCGUCUCAAGGGUUGCCAUACAUCCUGCCCCGCGGCCCUUGCCUCACCACGCUCGAAGUCACUUCCAACGGUAGCCUGGCCGGCCCUUGCGCAGCAGUCACUCACAAGGCGGGAAGGAGACGGAGCGUAGAGGGUAGAUAUCCUUUGCGCGGUUUUGUUUGGCACACCAGAGAGAAGAGAAAGAGAGAGAUAGCGAGCGGAAGAGAGCGGCGCAUCUUUCCGAAAUUAUGUCGAUCUAUGUAUAGGAGCAAGCUGUGUCGGUUUUGGGUGCGCGAUCAGCGGUCGCUGGGC